AUGGGUCUUGAAGAAUUUAUUUUUAUUCAGGAUAAUGAUCCAAAGCAUACUUCAAGGCUUAUUUCUAACUGGUUUGAUGAAAAAGAAAUUGAAGUUUUAAUCUGGCCUCCUCAGAGUCCAGAUAUGAACCCUAUUGAGGCAGUAUGGGCUUUGGUAAAAUUGAAAUUGGUUAAAUUUGGUAAAUUAAAAAGAAAAGAAUUAAAGGAAAAGAUAACUGAGAUUUGGUAUUCAAUACCUGAUGAACUGAUAGUGAAUUAUGUUAUUAGCUUUCAUAAAAGAUGUUUAGCAGUUUUUAAUACAAAAGGAAAUAAUACUAAAUAUUAA